UCUGUCAUAUAAACAUCAGAACAAGGUUAAAUGUCUUGUCAUGUGAAAGGUAUUAAAGGGUCGCCGACAGCUGCCAUUCUCCGCCAUCACCGGCACAAUCCACGUGUCAAUCACCUUUUUCCCCAAACUUUUGUCUCUUCUGUUCACCUUCUCCAUUCUAUUCAUUCUUCCUAUCCGAAAGCAAGUGCCACUGCUACUUCGUCUCUUACUUUGCCUCCCCCAUUUCCCUUCUCAGUAUUACCCUCUUCUCAAAAUGUUCAAUUUCUUACUUGGAAAAGACGAACGAAAGAUUCUCAAGCGCAAAGAUAGCGAUGCUGGGGAAAGAGGAAGAGCACUGGAAGACCUGAGAGGCUCAUUGUUUAAUGAAUUUCGUUCCCCUGAAGGUGCAAAACGACAUCAACAUCGCACAUGUGGUCCAGCUGCAGCACUUGCCUUCAAUUUUGUAGUAGCAAUUAGUAUUAUCUUCAUGAACAAAAUGGUUCUUCAAACUGUUAAAUUCAAAUUCCCUAUUCUUCUCUCACUAAUUCACUACGUAGUGAGCUGGUUCUUUAUGGCUAUACUAAAUGUGUUCUCUUUGCUUCCUGCUUGUCCCUCCUCAAAGUCAACUAAACAGUCUGCUUUAUUUACUCUUGGAUUUGUCAUGUCUCUAUCUACUGGCCUUGCUAAUGUCAGCUUGAAGUAUAAUAGUAUUGGUUUCUAUCAGAUGGCAAAGAUUGCAGUAACACCUUCAAUAGUUAUGGCAGAAUUUGUAUUGUACAGGAAGAAAGUUUCUUGGCCCAAGGCUUUAGCAUUAACGGUAGUAUCUAUUGGUGUUGCUGUGGCUACAGUGACAGAUCUGCAGUUCCAUUUCUUUGGUGCCUGUGUUGCAUUAGCGUGGAUUGUACCUAGUGCUAUAAACAAAAUCCUCUGGUCCAGAUUGCAGCAGCUAGAAAACUGGACUGCUUUGGCGUUAAUGUGGAAAACAACACCUAUUACUUUAAUUUUUCUGGCUGCUAUGUUACCCUGCUUAGACCCUCCUGGUGUACUUUCCUUUGAUUGGAACUUCAUUAACACAUUGGUGAUACUCACAUCAGCCAUUCUUGGAUUUUUUCUUCAGUUAUCUGGGGCCUUAGCACUAGGUGCUACGUCUGCGGUCUCGCAUGUUGUUCUUGGGCAGUUUAAGACAUGCAUUAUCCUUUUGGGAAACUAUUAUCUCUUUGGAUCCAAUCCUGGCAUAAUCAGUGUCUUUGGAGCAUUUACAGCUAUUGUUGGUAUGUCUGUUUACACUUGCCUUAAUCUGAAGCAGCAAACAGCCAAGAUAUUUCCUCAUCAGACCUCCCUUUUACCAAAAUCUAAACUAAGCAAAGAAAAUGGCAGUUCCCAUAAUGGACAUUACAAUACAGAAAAUGUCUAGCAAAAUUCCUAAUACUGCAUUGCAUGAGAUGAUAAUUAGUCAAUCAUUGUUUUUCCUUGCUGUGAUUUCUAGAUUCCAAUAAUUGUUUAUGUUCAAAUAUAAAAAUAUGCAUACUAGGAUUCAAUGCUUCUAUCAUGGCAAGUUGGAACCCUAUCUACUCUGUAAAUGAAUUAUUUGGUGGUUUCUUAUCCUGAGUUACGAGUUUUUUCUUCGGUUUAGAAUAGGAGCUACUGUUUCAUUUUGUAAUAGUGACAGAAAUCAGAAAACAGAAUUACAUUUUUUUUAUUAUACUCAGAAUAAAAAUUGUCUAUUCUGAA